CUCGGCCUCCGAGCUCGCCCCGCCCACUCCCGCCGGGCCCUGCCCAGUGACGUCACCGCGGCGCCACCUCCCUCGCCUAGGUUGUCUGCUGCAGAGCUCAGGUCCUCAGCCGCCGUUGUCGCCGCCACCGCCAAAAUGUCUGCCGGAUCAAGUGCUGCCACUGGCAGCAACCGAAGACUUCAGCAGACACAAAAUCAAGUAGAGGAGGUGGUGGACAUAAUGAGAGUCAACGUGGACAAGGUGUUGGAAAGAGACCAGAAGCUCUCGGAGUUAGACGACCGCGCGGAUGCACUGCAAGCAGGAGCGUCUCAAUUUGAAACAAGUGCUGCCAAGUUGAAGAGGAAAUACUGGUGGAAAAACUGCAAGAUGUGGGCCAUAGGGAUUGGUGUGCUGGUGAUCAUCAUCAUCAUCAUCAUCGUGUGGAGCGUCUCUUCCUGAAGAACCAGCGGAACUCGAGCCUUGCUGUUCAGGAAACCUCUUGAAGACCUUUUCGACUUUUGAACCGCUAUGUUAUUAAGCUUUCCUACUGUUAUUUCUAAACUGAUUAUUUUUGCUAGUUCAUGUAAAGUUCAGUUUCUAGGAAAUGUGCCUUUGUUUUUUAAUAUGCACUCCAAACUAGAGGUGUGGCCAGCCCCGCCCACCUUUUGCACAUAGCCUUUACAGAUUUACUGAUAAGAGGACUUCCUACCAGGCAGAAUGCUGUACUCUGGGUAGUAUGUCACUAAUGAAUUGCCACUGAUUUCAGCUAAGUUAGCUGUCCUGGGCUUCUGACAUUACCUGCAGCCCCACAUUCUAAACCAUUGGGUAAUGAGAUUUCCAGAUUGUGCCUUCCAGAACACUACUGCCUAACACACAUCUGUGACAGUAACAGGCCAUGCCUUGCUUUUGUACUUCCCUAGCUGCCUAUACGAGGCUCGAUCCUUUUCAUAAGUACUACUGACUCUUGCUGUUUAAAACAAGAUGCUGGUGAAGAUUUUUUGCUUACAUUAGAUAUGAAGAUGUUUACUUGUUAUGUAUCACUUUCUAAAAUACUUUAAUCAGAAAUAAUAACCCUUUUGAAAAGUUUUUAAAGAACUAUACCUAUGACCAAAGUUUCUAUUUUGCCAAAAUGUGAACAUACAAGCAAAGUGUCCUUCACCUGUGUCUGACAGAAUUCAGAAAGUGCCAGAAGGAGCCUUUUAGAAGUACCAGCACACGUGCUUUUCCCCAGUUCGGCAGCCAAGCUUUGAAAUGGUGCCGGCGAUGUGGCCCCUCCUGAUGCAUUUUUCACAGGGUGAAGAUUUGCACAAAACUGCCGCUGCCUGGUACUUGUACACAGGGUUUCCCCGACAGCAGUGGGCUCCAGCAUGUGACAGUCCUGAGACCUCCAUUAAGACCAUCUGUGAAUUCGAUCAUUACAAGACUCCCAUGUGAUAGCACUUUGAAAUUUGUUUCCUGUUUUUCUUUGACGUGUGCUCCCUAGAGCUUCUAAAUUCUGCUUUCCAGGCACUGGUCAGGUGGAUGGCCCAAGAUGUUUUUUCUUCUGUGUUAUAAACUGCACAGAUGCUGCUUUGAAAAUAGCACCUGAGAGACGUGGGUCCAUGAGGCUUUUAACAUCGGGGUAUGUGGCUUAAAAGCAGGGUUUCAAGUAUAAAUGAAAAACAAGGAGGCACUGGGGGAGAAACACAGGCUUUACCACUCUGGCCAUUUUUUCCAGAACCUUCUAGGUAUCAUUCACAUGCUUCUAUGACUUACACAGCAGCCACAGUUCCAUGUCUGCACUGUGUCCCCUGGAAACCCUGAGAUGAUCUUGUGUUGAAGACGUGCCUUGCAGUGGCCUGGGGUCUGGCGAUGCCCGACUCUGAAGCCUUGGUGCUCACUCCUUGCUCCAUAGUCGACCUGUAUAACCCACUGGCUCCUGCGUUAACCCAAGAAUACCUCGCUUGUGUCUGCACGCAGCUGGGAGCUUGCCCGCUCCGAGGAGCUGAAUAAAAUGUUUAUAAAACAUGA